ACCUCCUGGUUACAAGUCUGUUUAUUUAACCACUGGACCACACAGCCUCCUAAAAGGAACAACAAGCUCCUAACAACCAAGCUGCUACUAAGCAGAAUCCCGUGUGCUGCCAUGGACAGUGUGGAGAUGGAAUCUGUCCAGAUUAAAGAGGAGUUCUCUGAACCUGAACUUGUCCCCUUUAGAGCGGAGGUCUCUGGGCUGGCUUCCCUCCCCAUUAAACAGGAGCUCUGUGAGAUGCAAUGUGACAGCAGCCAGUCAGAGGUAUCUGAGAUUAAAGCUGAGCACAGUGAAUUGGAGAUCCCACAGACAGAAGAACCGCUUCCUGUUAAACAAGGAGAGGUGCUCGAAAUUAACCGUAUUAAACAGGAGCCCACUGAAGUAGAGUUUGACCACAUGGAACCAGGGAAGGAAGAAUCCGAGGACUUCAAACCAAACAUCCCUAAGCUGGAGAGAGUCUGUGUGAGAGAGCAAGGUGCUGGAGAGGAAGGCUCUCCCAACAGCAUGCAAGGAGGUGGAAAGGAAGACGGGCGCUCACAUUCAGAAUGCAGUCUAGCAGGUUCCAGUCCAGCAGCUAAAGCGAAGGCAGACGGUGGAGAAUAUCCUGACUGUGGGAAAGGUUUCACGCAGUUAGGGCAUUUAAACAAAACCCAGCGAACUCACACAGGCGAGAAACCGUAUCACUGCUCUGACUGUGGGAAGAGUUUCAAUCAUUUUAGAAACCUAAAACAACACCAGCGAAUUCACACAGGAGAGAAACCGUAUCACUGCUUUGACUGUGGGAAGAGUUUCAGUCAGUUAAGCAGCCUUGUUUUACAUGAGCGAAUUCAUACAGGAGAGAAACCGUAUCACUGCCAUGACUGUGGGAAGAGUUUCAGUCGGUCAGACAGUCUUGUUUCACACCAGCGAACUCACACAGGAGAGAAACCGUAUCACUGCUCUGACUGUGGGAAGAAUUUCAGUCGGUCAGGCAGCCUUGUUUCACACCAGCGAACUCACACAGGAGAGAAACCGUAUCGCUGCUCUGACUGUGGGAAGAUUUUCAGACAGUUAGGAAGCCUAAAAGAACACCAGCGAGUUCACACAGGAGAGAAACCAUUUCACUGCUCUGACUGUGGGAGGAGUUUCAGUCAGUUAGGAAGCCUAAAAGGACACCAGCGAACUCACACAGGAGAAAAACCGUAUCACUGCUCUGACUGUGGGAAGAGUUUCAGUUAGUCAGACAGCCUUGUUUCACACCUACAAACUCAUACAGGAAAGAAACUGUGUCUGCUCUGACUGUAGGAAGAGUUUCCGUCUUAAACAAGCCCUUCAAAAACACCAGCGAAUUCAGAGGAGAGAAACCUUAAAGACUGUUUUGUGUAUCACUCUUAACCCUUUGCGGUCAGUUUAUUCAGCACCUGUGAGGCACGUCAAGUCCUACAAAGGAAGGCUUUGCGCUCUCACAGCCUCUCAGUCUCGUGUUCUUAUUGUUUCCGAUCGUAUACUCCCGGCAUUGUGUUAUUUCAGUGAUACUGUAUUUCUUUUAUUUCACUCUAUUAUGUCAUUCAAAUCAUGACUGGAAAGCGACCAAGUGAUAGCAAGAGUGCAGGACCAGUUCGUAAGCGAAAGAAGAUUGAUUUAGAGCAGAAAAUGAAAAUACUGAAAAAGUAUUGAGGCGGACAAAGCCUGUCUUCAGUUGCUUGUGAACUCGAUUUGGCUACCUUUUUUCAUGUUCUAUAAACAUACGUACUGUACACACAUACAUUUACAUAGCCACAUAUACACAAAAACACAUAUACUGUACAGUAUUACAGUAAUACACAUACUGUAUGUGUGUAUAUAUAUAUAUAUAUAUAUAUAUAGCGUCUGUAUUCUGUAAUUUUGAAUACUGACUGGAUAUAGUUUUAAUUCUGGAAACCUGAGUUUGUUUAAUCGUUUGGUUUUGCUAAAUUGCAUUGCCUCUUACUGUUUACACAUUUCUGACAUUUAGAUUUAAAAAUACAAACAAUUAUACUUUAAUAAUUGAAACAAGAUAAGACUUAAACUGAACAGGUGAUAUUUUGUGCAUUUUAAAACAACAAUUACAAAUGUCUGAACCGUUUAAACAUUGAUUUGAAUGUAUCUACAAGUUUUGAAGUAACUCUAGAUUACAGCUUAAUAGGGCUGUCAGUUAAUGCUGUAUUACUGCAAAUGUUUUACUCCUGCUUGUCUCUAGACUUCUAAUUCUGGGAUCGUGAUUUCUAACGUUUAUAUUCAUCUUACUUU